ACACGCCCCUGCUGACUGCUCCUGUGGCUCCUCCCACAGGCCCCUGUAUAAAGGAGACCUGCGGCCUGACGCUCGGCCUCAGUCUCCAGGACCUUGUAUGAUAGACACUCACUCCUGGUUCCUUCUUCCAGUCAAUAAAAGCCGAUAUCUCGCCUACGUCUCAGUGUGAGUUAUUGAUGGUGCAUCAAUUUUAUUGACUGGAAGUUUUAAAACAUGGAACCCGUUUUGCGUCCGGACCGGUUGGAUUUGGACCCUCAAGACCCUGACGCAGCUCUCGCUUUUGAACACUGGCUUGCAUGCUUCCAAUCGUACUUGGCGGAGCUUCGUGCGACUGAACCCGCCGUUAUGCACAGAAUCCUACUCUCGAGGGUCACCCCCAAAGUUUACUCCUUUAUCCGGGACCUGCCGACCUACGAAGGGGCACUGGACGCCCUCAAACGACAGUACCUGCGGCCGGUGAACACCGUCUACGCAAGACAUCGCUUAGCUACCCGGCAACAGCGGCCUGGCGAAUCGUGCGCUGAGUUUCUCCGAGCACUACAGACACUCGUCCGAGCUUGUGACUGCAAGACGCUCACGGCUGAACAGCAUGCGGAGCUGCUGGUGCGAGACGCCUUUGUGACGGGACUGAGGUCAGUGUACAUGCGCCAGCGGCUGCUGGAGAACUCGGAUCUUACCUUAAGCUCGGCGAUAGAGAAGGCCAACGCUCUAGAAGCUGCGCGGCAUAACGCCGACGCUGUCCAGUCGCGCGAUUCCCCGCCGGUUUCGUGGACGCCUCAGACCCCGCCACCGCCGGCUCCCGGGAGCGAAUUCGCCAACGCCGCUGCCAGUCGCGAUUCCACGAGCUCCCCGACCCAGACCACGGCUGUGGCCCGUAAGAAACUCGUGCUUUGUUAUUUCUGUGGCCAAAAGAAACAUCCUCGACAACGCUGUCCAGCGCGAGAAGCGACCUGCUCCAGCUGCGGAAAGCGGGGCCACUUCGCCAAGGUCUGUAAGUCUCAACCUCGAGCGGAGUGCAGCGCUGCGGGUGAAACGUGGGGGCCGCCAUCUUGCAUGCCGGGAUAUGGGCGGCCAUCCUUUGCCAAUACAACCCUGACACCUCCAAAUGCAGGAAUUAGCCGGAUACUCUCCCCUGCCUGUGGGCGGGAAGGUGUGGAGAAAUGA